GCUAUAAGUGCUAUCUUUCACCGCUGUUAGCCAUGUCUGAACGCAAGAAGUGGAAACAUAACCAUGACCAAGCGGCUGGUAAUGCCGUUGAUGGUGGUGUCUUGGAAAAGAUGGAUGCUUUUGUACAGGCAGAACAGUUAGAAGUUGAUGAACUGGCACACUUCCUAGCAAGAGGGUUUGCAGUUCAAUCGGUUCAAUCGUGGUCAUAUUUUGCACAGGUGAAUGACCAUGCCAAGUUCACAAGCUCCACACAAACGUUGACAAGGGUGAUAAGAGCUUGUGGUGAGCAUGAAGAGCUGGUUGAAUAUGGUGUUCUCAUAGUCAAGGAGGUGCUCACCGGGUACUCAAAGACCUUAUACAGGGCCUUGAGCAGUCUAAGGGCCUCCACUACGAAUCCAGUCAUUAGAAUGUUGAAUGAGAUUGUCAUCUUCAAGAAUGGUGCCCUGUUGGAUGACUUCAUUGCACUUUUUGACUUUACAUUGGCUGUUUUGCCAAAGUUGUUGAUUCCAACAAAGACUGAGCAGGCAAACGUUGUCUCCACGAAACAAAAGGAGCAUCUCUCCAUACGGUAUUGCUUCAUCAGAUUUCUCAUUAACAUCCUAAAGAAAUCGCCACCUCUUCUCAGAAGGGACUUUCUCAACAAUAACAGCAAGAUCCUGACCACAUGGUUUAAAUUCAUCCCUGUUAUCGAUAGUGAUGCCCUGAUUGUUUUGACACUGAAGACAUGGGAUGAGUUCAUACUCAAGGAGCAAUCGUUCAAAAAGAGUACAAAGCUCAGGGUGUUUAACGAGUGGAACUUGAUGAAAUUGGUCCCCGUGUACUACAAUGGUGAUAAGGAAAUACGGGACUUGCUAAAUGGGUUCAUCACUUGUGUUACAACUGAUUCGAAGUAUGGAAUCAGAUUCGAACCAGAUGAGCUCUGGUUCAUCAAUUCAACUUCAACGUCUCCUAUAAAGGUCAAUGGUAAGAACUUCAGAUCCCAUAACAAGAUCAUCUAUGGGCUGCUCACGAAUUUGAAGCCCUGGGAUGAUGAUAUGCAGUUGAACACAACAGUCCAGAUCUUGAAGGCCAGUUCUGAACUGAUUCCACCAUAUGUCAAUUACCUUGCUUCUCGUGGAUUGCAUGAUCCGAAAUUGACAUCGUACUGGAUCUCACAGACUUACCUGUUAAGUAGAAUCAUUAGAUUAGAGAUCCCAGAAGAGAUUGUCCGUUACAGUGGAGUACAUGCUCCUUCAAAGAACACCAUGGCUGAAUUGAUUGUUCCAUCUGUUCUGAAUCGUUCAGUUUUGACGAAAUGCCUACAGAGCGAUGUGUUCCUCGUUAGACAACUCACUGCACAGUUGAUUAUGGACUCAAUGAUUAAGCUCAACAGUGUUCUUUCACUUUACAACCAGAAGGAAUGGACUAUGUCCAAAGUUGAAUUGAUCAACUCCAUAUACCAUAGGCUACCAGAUCUUGCCACAGUGGCCCACUGUGUUGCCGACUCUUAUAAGAAGCAAUCCGAGACAAAGAUCUUGUUAGCCACGUUGCUCAUGGUCUUGAACGGUUACUUGUCUGUGUUCUCUGACACCUUCAGUUUUGCCCAAUCGAUCUCCAAACCGUAUAUGGACACCAUAAAUCAGUCUCAGUACUCUAGCAUUGACUUGGUUCUGCUGGAUCAGUUCUUUAAAUUGCAGGAAGGUGAUACAUCGCAGCUGAAAUGGUGGAAUAAGGCUGGCAAGGCAUGUUCUCUGUUCACAUCUCUGCUGAAGAUUGCCAGCUCAAGUUCUCAACAUUCUGUCGUUGCGAAGGUUUCCGAUUUACUCACGAACUUGUUGAAACAGACCGUUGUUAUCAAUUACAAGAAGGUUAAGGCUGACCCGGUAGUUGUACUGGUUGAAUCUCUCCAAUCUUCCUUGAAGAACUGGGAUGACAUGGAUGAAGCCGAAAAGAUCUGGAAGCUGAUAGACGAAUCUGUCUCGAGAUGUGUAAGUACACCGUUCAAGUAUCUUGAUAUCUCGAACGCACAUAAUAAAAUCAGUCCAUUGGUCAUUGCCCUGUUUGAGCAAUGGAAAUUUGUGGACAAGACAACGUCCUAUAAACGCAUGUCUAAAUGGUUUGUUCUGUUCAUCAGAUCUCUCAUAAUCAUCGGUGAACCAGCAGCUGACCUGUUACAGCUCGUGAAAGAGGUUGAGUUGGACUUUGAUUAUGAGCCGUACUUGUUCACAAACUGCUUCGAAGCAUCAAUUGAAACCUUGUCAAAUGACACCAGUCUUCCUCAUGAUACAUUCUAUGGUAUCAUGACAACAAGUCCUGUGAAUAACUUGUCCAAACAUGGUAUUCCAACACAGCACAUUGAUAUUGUUGGGGCGCUCGUCAGAAUUGAAUCAAUGGUGGUGGAUAAUUCAAUCUCUUUCAAGAAGGUUGAGAAGCUAUUUGCUGAUAUUCUGUCAACAAUUGGGGAUUACUGGUAUACACAUCCAUCUGAAGCGAAGGAAUUCUCUCAGAAGAAGUACUGGGGUUCUCUUUUCUUGAAACACACAAAUGAAAAGGGACUUUUUAUCUCUCAAAUCUUGUUGGAGAUCUUCUCACAAUUGGAUGCAUUUGAUACUACUGAUCUGUCAAUAGAAGUUAAACGUUUGCUAUCAUCAGAACAAACUGAACAAACAAGUGUUGUCUUGAGUGAAUCCUUGUGGUGCUUGAACAAUGAAGAAGUUAGAGCACAGUUGACACAUAGUGAUGUUCUCCUGAAGAAAAGUGCCUUACAGGUUCUUUUGGAGAGAAAGCUAACUUUAGAGUCUUCACAGCUUGCGGAGUUGCUCACUAUCAGUGAGUUGCACUCGAUCUUGACUGAGUUUGUGAGUGGAGAUCUCGUGGUAUUCGGUGAUGUAACAUUGCUAUUUGAAUCUGCUCUCAAAGACCCCAAGACAUUCCCAAUAUUUACCUAUUUGGCAAAGAAUCCUUCCCUUCUUCCACAGCUCUUACAAUUUGUCACAUCUUGUAACAAUGAUCUCCUUACAACCGAUGUUGUAUCUUCUCUUCCAGAUGAGGUUUGCAGAUCACACAGUGACAAGGGAACACUGAGUGAAUUGUUCAAGGUAUCAAAGUCAGUGGCUAUUAGGUUGCUGCAGGAUGAGGACUUCACUACCAUCCCAUUCUCUCAAUUGUCAAGAGUAUUGUCCAACAAAUUAUCUGAGUUGACACCAGAUGAAAAGGCACUCAUUCGUGAUUAUGCCCUCAACAAGUCAUCUAACAAGUUUUCUCCAGAAAUUCCAGAAUUAUUACUUGCAGUCUCGUCCUUUGAUGAACCAGAAGUGGUUGUAUGGAUCAAUAAGUCUGUUCUCUAUCUCACUAAGAUCUUUGCAGAGUUCCCAGAGCCACCAGUACACUUCUUGACUUUCUUGAAAGGUUUCCAAUCGUUGAUACUGAACGUCAAUGUGCCAUCCGUUCUUUCAAAAUCACACACCAACGCUCUUUUAGAAGUUGUAUUCUCCAAAUGGACUAGAAAUGAAGAUGCAUUGGAGCUUGCUAGUUCACUGGUCAUCAGCUCCUCUAGAUCCUCCUUGGAGUACGUCAAGUUAUUGCAGAUCCUUGCUAACAAUGACGAUAAUGCUCUGCUGAAGCCAUCCCCUCAGAAAUCAAAGUUCUUCACAUCUUUGAUCCUCUUGAGACUGUUUGACUUUGACCCUUCAAAGAACGCCACUCCCUCUCUACAAGAAAACAUCUUAAAGAUGUACUCUGGAUCCACUAGAGCUGAAGACUUGCUGCUCUUGAAAUUGAUGGAGAAGCUGGAAUCAAAACUUAGUGCGUCUUGGAUCGACCUUGUCUACACCUGGGACUUCAUUGAUACAGCCGACAAUGAUGAAGAACUGAUUGGGGAGACAAGGCUCAUUGAGAAAAAAAAAGAAGGACUUUUGGUGAUCUUGAAUAAGAAGUUCGUGGUAAAUGGGUUGAACAACUAUAAUGUUAAGCGUCCAAGACUUGAACCGUGGUCUCAUGAUUCAAGUGCCAAUUGGGACAAUGUGAUGGCAUUUUACGACCAAGUCUCUGAUUUGGUCUCUCCAAACUAUUCCGAGACUGUCUAUGAUCCACUUUUCCUUUCACUCCUGAUCAUCAAUAACGACGAGCUUGUGAAGAUUUCAGCUGGUGAAGGAGAGGAUUUAAAUGUUCAAACCAACAUCAGAAGACUUGUCGACUCUCAGCUGUUUGCCAGCAUCGUCAUCAACCUUUCUUCAGAGGACAAGACUGUAAAGGAAGUCUCGAAGAGCAUACUUUUCUCUGUACUGAACACCUUGAAAGAAGAAACAACUACCUUCAAGGAGAAGCACUUGUUUGAGCUCUACGUUACCAAGAUUCUUUUCACCAUUGGUAACAACACACAUGAGGAGAUACCACCGCUUGUUUUUUCAAUAAUCACAAGAAUGAUUCCGAUUAUCAACAAUCCAAGCCAUACACUCUACGAGAAAGUGUUCCGUUGGAUCUUGAGAGCGCCAUUUUUCAAAGCUAAUGAGAUACCUCUUUACCAAGAAGUCACCACAGUAUCCACCACUGAAAAUACUGACAUUUAUCACAACCAGGUAUCAUGGAUGCUUCAAAUUCUAACAACAGGUAUUCAAACGCCUCAAGAUAUAAAGCUACUGCGCAACAAGAAUGUCUUUGAAUAUGUGAUGAACCUCCUGAACUCGCCAUAUCUCCCUCAAAGACUCAGAUUCCAGGUAUUAGAGCUCAUCAGCAGGGUUCAAGAAAUUGAAGGUGGUGAUAUCCUGAUUUCAAGAUUUGGUGGCAUGGCACACGCAGAGCAAACGGAAUCGUAUGUCUCUACUUCUCAAAAGAAGGGUACCGAUGCCCUUGCAAAGGAACAGGAACUUCUAAACUGGAAAGAGAUUGCGUUGAAGUAUGGCGUGCUUUCGCAGAGAAAGAGACUGGCUGACUGGACACAAGGUGACUCUCAAGAGUUUGUCAAGAGAAUGAUUUAGAAUGGAUUUCACACCCUAUUUAAUUGUUGUAAGUAUAAUUUGAACCAUUGAUCUAUUUUCGUUAUGAACGGUCGUCCAUGAUGUUCUGUAACCCUUCCCCCAUAUCAUUUAAAGAAGAGAGCCACAUAGCAUCAUUUGAGAUUUCUUUCCACAGCUCAUUAUCGCAUGUAGCGUCAACGUCACUGUGUAAAAGCCUCAGCGCAUCUGGAAGUUCUGCAAUGUCAGCAUCGCUUGGAUGGAGUGACAAAGACUGGUCUGUGCCCUUAUCUGAAUCAAUAAUGCUAUCAAUCCUGAUUUUCUUGCAUUGACGAACCGAUGAUUCGUUUGCAUUUGAAUGUUUACGAGGGUGACGAGGCUCUUUGAACUCUGAAUCAAUAAUGCUUGAGCGUGUUGAACGAUCUGGAGCAACAUCGAAAGAAAGUUCAGAUGGAGCCAAGUUAUCGUUAAACUUAUCAAUCAACUUCUUCAUAAUCCC